GCGCGCGCCUUCCCUCCCUCCAGCCCGCGCCCUCCCUCACCUGCGGCAGGACAGCGCCCGCCCGCCCGGAUCUCGCGAGAGUGGCUGACUGGCUGUGGGGGUUGCGGCGGCAGCAGGCGGAGCCGGGGAGGGAAAGCAGCGGCGGCUGAGGCGACUGAGGCGGCGGGCGGAGCGGCAGGCGGCGGCGGCGGCGCGGCGGCGGAGCGCAGCAUCAUGGCGGACCGAGACAGCGGCAGCGAGCAGGGUGGUGCGGCGCUAGGCUCGGGCGGCUCCCUGGGGCACCCAGGCUCGGGCUCGGGCUCCGGCGGGGGCGGUGGUGGCGGCGGGGGCGGCGGCGGCAGUGGCGGCGGCGGCGGCGGGGCCCCGGGGGGGCUGCAGCACGAGACGCAGGAGCUGGCCUCCAAGCGGGUGGACAUCCAGAACAAGCGCUUCUACCUGGACGUGAAGCAGAACGCCAAGGGCCGCUUCCUGAAGAUCGCUGAGGUGGGCGCGGGCGGCAACAAGAGCCGCCUCACUCUCUCCAUGUCAGUGGCCGUGGAGUUCCGCGACUACCUGGGCGACUUCAUCGAGCACUACGCGCAGCUGGGCCCCAGCCAGCCGCCCGACCUGGCCCAGGCGCAGGACGAGCCGCGCCGGGCGCUCAAGAGCGAGUUCCUGGUGCGCGAGAACCGCAAGUACUACAUGGAUCUCAAGGAGAACCAGCGCGGCCGCUUCCUGCGCAUCCGCCAGACGGUCAACCGGGGGCCCGGCCUGGGCUCCACGCAGGGCCAGACCAUUGCGCUGCCCGCACAGGGGCUCAUCGAGUUCCGCGACGCUCUGGCCAAGCUCAUCGAUGACUACGGAGUGGAGGAGGAGCCGGCCGAGCUGCCCGAGGGCACCUCCUUGACUGUGGACAACAAGCGCUUCUUCUUCGAUGUGGGCUCCAACAAGUACGGCGUGUUUAUGCGAGUGAGCGAGGUGAAGCCCACCUACCGCAACUCCAUCACCGUGCCCUACAAGGUGUGGGCCAAGUUUGGACACACCUUCUGCAAGUACUCGGAGGAGAUGAAGAAGAUUCAAGAGAAGCAGAGGGAGAAGCGAGCUGCCUGUGAGCAGCUCCACCAGCAGCAGCAGCAGCAGCAGGAGGAGACUGCCGCUGCCACCCUGUUGCUGCAGGGUGAGGAAGAAGGGGAAGAAGAUUGAUCAAACUGAAUGGAAAAAAACCCACACACACAUGCAUACACACACACACAC